AUGUUUGUAAAUACCAAGUUAGCCAUUAACAAACUUCGCACUAGUCUACCUUUAGCAACCGUAAGAACUUCAACAAUAAGUCCAGCCAAAAGUAAAGAAAAGGAGCCAUCGAAACCAGCUAGACCGGCACCUGAAUUACCUGACAUUAAAAAAUGUUGUGUUGACAAUGGGCUUGUGCUUGACCGAUGUGUUGACAUUUUAUGUGAUCCAGUUCGUGCUGAUGAAGCAACAAUUACUGACAUCAUGAUUUGCGCUCCAUGGGCUAAUAUAACUUUCAAAUGUAUGGCUUCUGGAAUUGAUCACACCGACUGUUGUAGAGAACGGGGUGUCUCAUCUACUUGUCUACCUUUCUGUGAAGGUACAGUUAAACGCUUAGAUUUCCGCCAUUUCGUUUGUCUCGAUCACAUGUCAUCUUAUUCAAAUUGUAUCCUCGAUUUCCAUGGAGUCUUGUCAAGUCCACCAAGUGAUUUUGCCGUUGCCUCGGUUCACCAUGAUUGGGCUGUGCUCAAAUGGUCACCACCAAAGAGAUUAGGUGAAACUAUUUUGAAAUACAAUAUUCACUGGCGAGAGUCGUCUAAAGACGAAGUUACCAAUUACAAUGUUUCAAUAGCUAAGUCGUCACCUUAUUUGUUAGAUGGCCUUAAACCUGGUUCAAGGUAUGAAGUUUAUGUUUCAGCAGAAAAUAAAUAUGGUGCUAGUCGUGGAUCAAGUCGAGUUAUAUUCUCAACACCGCCAAUAGAGGAACCUGAACCUGAAGAAGAAAUACCCAAAGCUUACAAUGAAACUGCAUGUUGUGCUCGAGCAGGAAUGAAAUCAUCUUGUUUACCUCUUUGUAAUUAUCAAAUGAAAGUCUCUGAUGUACUUGCACUAGCUCCUACUUGUACAGAGUCAAUUUCAACCUUAGUUCGUUGUGGUGCUGGUGGUCGUAAUCAUAUCCCUUGUUGUAGACGUCGUGGAGUCGCUUUAGGUUGCCUUAAUUUAUGUGCUGGAAUAUUGGUAGCAUACAAUAUGGAACCAAGUAAAAGUCAUGGAAUCAUGUUAACAUUUGCUGGACAGAAAAAGACUUUAAAGCUCAGUUGUCUUAAAUUGGAUUUAGGUUUAACCCAAUCUAGUGUAUACAAUAAUAAAAACCGACUCAUGACUGGAUCAUCCAUUUACAUGAAUGGAAACUUGAUUUGUACUUGGAUCGCUCAGCCUUUCACAUUUAAACAGUCACCUUACGCUAUUGAACUCUUAGACCUAGUGUACAAUGCCAAUUAUAGUUUAGCGUUAAGAUUGGAUGAAAAUGAUUCAAUAAUCGCUCAAGAUGCAAGUGAACUACCCUGGUAUCAACUAGGUUUCACCAAGUGCGGUGGUUACCAGAUUUAUGGCGAUAAUGAGUAUCAACUUAUAAUAAAGAAAAAGAUGAAUUUAGUUCAAUUUUGGAUCAAUACAUUUGACAAAACACCGAAAUUUCUCAGAGUCUCAUUGUCGCAUGAAAGUUUAUUUCUCAACAUUUUGUGCAAUUAUACUUUUCCUAUUGCGGCUGGUUACAGUUUGAGUUUCGAUGGAACCAUAGGAUCUUUCACAGAUGAUCGGCCAAAUUUCAAUAAAAUUGUUGGCAAUUUAUGUUCAGUUGACCUACCAGAUACAUUUGAGUGUAAAAAGGGUUUAUGCUCAAUUUGGGAUUUGACUUUUGAUCUUGAUCUGAGUGACGAUGAGAAACACAUUUACAGUUUGAAUAAUCUCAAAUUGAAUGAAUCUCUUUCUGGUUCCAGAUCUUCUUGCGAUGAUAUAACCUUUUUAUCGUCAUUUAUUAUUGCUUGUCUUAUUCAUAACAUUAAAUUGUACUGGGCUAUUAAUGGUAAUUGGGCUUGA